CCCAUAAACCCUGAACCCUAGCUCCCACCUCCUCAUCCUAAGCCCUCGGAAACGAAGAAAUGUCUUCCUCCAUGGCUUCCUUCGUCGUUCGCAAAUCCCUUCGCUCCGCCUCCAAGCUCCGCCAUUUCUCUUCGCUGCCCACCUUAUCACCGUCUUCUCUCGUCGCUCCUAGGGUUUUGACCCCGCAAACCCUAACCCUAACCAGGACUCUCUCUCCGUUCUCGGUCCGAUUCGCCUCAUCUAAGCCGGCGAACGCUGAGGAUAAGAUCAAGCGCGCUGAUGACAACCUCUUGAGCGUUCUCGACGACGAGAUUGAGUGCGCUCAGGAAGCGGACGAGGAGCCCAGUCAGGGAGCCAUAUUGCCAAAAGAUUCCCCAUUUGAGAUUAUUGAUAAUCCUGGUGACCAGUCAAUCAUUCUUAAACGGCAAUUUGACGGUGAGACCAUUCAAGUCUCUGUUUUCAUGAAUUUUGAAGAGGAGGAGGAGGAUGAUGAUGAAGACGACAAUGAGGGGGAAAAGACUAGUGAUGCUCUUCAGCCAAACAUCUCUAUGGUUAUAUCAAUUGACAAAGGUGCUGGCUCAAUCUUGGAGUUCUGUUGCAAUCUCGACUCUAAGGACGUUGAGAUUGAAAGCAUGGCGAUGAAGAAGGCUGAGGCUUCUGAGGAUGAAGGAGCUUACCAUGGACCUGAAUUCUCAGACUUGGAUGAAAGUUUGCAGAGGGCUCUCCGCAAAUACCUGGCAGCAAGGGGCAUCAAACCGUCGCUGUAUGAAUUCUUGCGUGAAUACAUGAUGACCAAGGAUGACAGAGAGUAUCUAGUCUGGUUGAAGAACCUGAAGGAGUUCAUUGAGAAGUGAGGAAGAGUCGCACCUGCGUUCCCAUUUGAGAAGUUGAAUAGAUAAUUCUGCUAACAUGCAAUCUGAAGGACGUGAAUUUUGCAAAUUGUCAUCGGUUUUCUUGUUGAUUAAAGGUUGCUCAUCAUCAGUAAGUUGGAUGAGGUAGAAAGCAUAUGUUUUGGGAAAUGAUAUAGUUUUCUUUCUCUUCCCCUCCCUUGUCAUGCAUCGAAAUGAUUGUCUACAUCAACCAUCGGUUACGAGUUAGUGGUUGUUUGUAUGACUUUAUGAUCCGAGUUUUCCAUGAAUGUGCACUCUAGUUUCUAUUAAAUGUCGGCCCUGAACUUCCUGUGUUUCUCUAAUCGUUGAAUCUGGUGCCUUUCUCCUCCAGAUUGGAUCUCUAGGCUCGUGCCUGAUUGUUGCCUGCACUGACCGUAAACGUGUGGUUUGAUAUUUCAGCUUCU